CAGACUGUGCACCACAGAGACAAUCAAGAGAGAAUACAUUCAGGUCAACGGUGCCAAUUGAAAGUCAAGAGGUGUGUCUGUAAGUGAAAGUGAAAUUAAUGUGUGAAAGUCCACCACCCUUUUCCCCCGUUAUUUCUGGAACAGACGUCGUGUUACAUUCUGUUCGUUGAUAAAUUAGCCUUUGGACUGUUUUGGUUUAUUUUUCUAAACUCCUAAUAGUUUUAUUCACCAGUUACAAACAGCUUUACCUUGGAGUCAGACUUGUUUUGUAGUGAAAUGAAGACCUUUCCGACCUCGGCGGCCUGGUGUUUAGGGAUUCUGUUCAUCAGUGUUUCAUUGAUAACGACAGGGUCGUCUGAGGUUGUUGGACCGGCUGACCCAGUCGUUGCCUUAACUGGUGAUGACAUCAUCCUACCAUGUUCCCUGAAACCCAGUGUCAGUGCUGAGGACAUGAUAGUGGAGUGGACAAGAUUGAACCCGAAAGCAGAAAAAGUCCAUCUUUACCUUGACAGUCGAGACUCCUUUGUGGAUCAGUUUCCAUCCUACAGGGGAAGGACAUCAAUGUUUAAUGAAGAACUGAAGAAUGGCAACGUCUCCUUAAAGCUGACCAACGUUACUCUCUCUGAUGCUGGAAGAUACAGGUGCUUCAUUCAAACACUGAAGAAGGAAACCACCGUUCAACUCCUUGUUGGUGCUGUAUCUCAGCCAGUGAUAUCUAUUGAUGGAACUAAAGGCUGGGGGGUGGUCCUGAAGUGUGAGUCUGGAGGCUGGUUUCCUGAACCUCAGAUGGAGUGGCUGGACAGUUCUGGAACCAUCCUCCCUGCUGAUGGACCUCCAGAGAGACACAGGGACUCAGAGGGCCUCUACACUGUGAGACGACAUGUCACCGUGAACCGGACUGGCAACAACAGGUUCACCUGUAGAGUUAAUCAGCUGGAGAUCAACCACCUGAAGGAGACAGAGAUUCAUGUCCCAGAUGAGGUGUUUCCUAAAUCACAAGUAGGGUUGAUUGUUGGUCUACUAAUAGCAGUAGCUGUUGUAGUUCUUGCAGCUUCAGCUGGUGUCUUCAUGUGGAGAAAACAUACUGAAGAGAAGAAGUGUAGAAAACAAUUGGAAAAACAAAAGAUUCAGAGUACAGAACUAUUGGAAGAUGUAAAUAAGAGGAAGGCCCCCAGUUCUUUUGUUCAAAACCUGACUGAACAGCUAAUGGCGGCCAAAAAGCAGAUUGAGAUGCUCAGUAAAGAUAAAGAUGAUGUCACAAGAGAGAAGGAUGGACUACAAGGACAGCUGAAUGAUGUCACAAGAGAGAAGGAUGGACUACAAGGACUGCUGAAUGAUGUCACAAGAGAGAAGGAUGAUCUUCAAAAGCAGACUGGACAGCUGGAGAAGCUCAAAAAAGAUAAAGAGAAGCUCAGAAACGAGAAAGACAAGGUCAUAAGAGAGAGGGAUGAACACAUUCAAAACUUGACUGGAGAGAUGGAGAAGCUCAGAAACGAGAAAGAUGAACACAUUCAAAACUUGACUGGAGAGAUGGAGAAGCUCAGAAACGAGAAAGACAAGGUCAUAAGAGAGAGGGAUGAACACAUUCAAAACUUGACUGGAGAGAUGGAGAAGCUCAGAAACGAGAAAGAUGAACACAUUCAAAACUUGACUGGAGAGAUGGAGAAGCUCAGAAACGAGAAAGACAAGGUCAUAAGAGAGAGGGAGUCUGAUGGAAUGGAAGACAUGGAGAUGGGAGGAGUUUUUUGAGACGUAAAUCUCCAGGAGUUUGAUGAUGUCAUUACUAUGAAUAUAGAACCAAAUACUGACCUUCUGACUACUUUAAUUACUAGAAUCUAUAGGGGGUCAAUAAUUUAUACCUUUAGAAUCUAUAGGGGGGUCAAUAAUUUAUACCUUUAGAAUCUAUAGGGGGGUCAAUAAUUUAUACCUUUAGAAUCUAUAGGGGGUCAAUAAUUUAUACCUUUAGAAUCUAUAGGGGGUCAAUAAUUUAUACCUUUAGAAUCUAUAGGGGGGUCAAUAAUUUAUACCUUUAGAAUCUAUAGGGGGUCAAUAAUUUAUACCUUUAGAAUCUAUAGGGGGUCAAUAAUUUAGACCUUUAGAAUCUAUAGGGGGUCAAUAAUUUAGACCUUUAGAAUCUAUAGGGGGUCAAUAAUUUAGACCUUUAGAAUCUAUAGGGGGUCAAUAAUUUAUACCUUUAGAAUCUAUAGGGGGUCAAUAAUUUAGACCUUUAGAAUCUAUAGGGGGUCAAUAAUUUAGACCUUUAGAAUCUAUAGGGGGUCAAUAAAUUAGACCUUUAGAAUCUAUAGGGGGUCAAUAAAUUGGACCUUUAGAAUCUAUAGGGGGUCAAUAAUUUAUACCUUUAGAAUCUAUAGGGGGGUCAAUAAUUUAGAAAAUAUAUAUAUAUUACUUGUUAAACAAAAUAUUUUAAUCAGAUCAACCGUAUUAAUAUAAAAUAAUAUAAUUGACACAUGUUGUUGAGCAGAUGAUAGCUCAGUAUUUAAAUUAUUUAUUUUAUACAGUCAUUAUUAUCUUUAUCAGGGGUGUCAAUAAUUCCAGACCCACUGUAUAUUAUAUAUUGAUGUAUUUUAUACAGUCAUCAUUAUCUUUAUCAAGGGUGUCAAUAAUUCCAGACCCACUGUAUAUUAUAUAUUGAAUCAUGUAUAUGCAGUUGAAUGGUAUUUUCCAUGUAUUGAUGAUUUCUUGUUUUAAUAAACUAGGACAUCGUUGUGUGAGAA